CCGUGCCCCGGAAGUGUUGCGAGGAGGCGGGGCUGCAGGGGUCAGUGGCCGAGCGGGAGCGGCGCGAGGCCUCGGGAUGUUGUCGCGCGGAUCCAUCGAGAUCCCGCUGAGGGACACGGAUGAGGUCAUCGAACUUGAUUUUGAUCAGUUACCGGAGGGAGAUGAAGUCAUCAGUAUCCUCAAACAGGAGCACACCCAGCUUCACAUAUGGAUGGCCUUGGCGCUGGAGUACUUCAAGCAAGGGAAGACAGAAGAUUUUGUCAAGCUGCUGGAGGCUGCUCGUAUUGAUGGGAACCUGGAUUACCGAGACCAUGAGAAGGACCAGAUGACCUGUCUCGAUACGCUUGCUGCCUACUAUGUACAGCAAGCUCGGAAAGAAAAGAACAAGGAUGCGAAAAAAGAGCUCAUCACGCAGGCCACCCUGCUGUAUACUAUGGCCGACAAAAUCAUCAUGUAUGAUCAGAACCACUUGCUGGGGAGAGCGUGCUUCUGCCUGCUGGAGGGGGAUAAAAUGGACCAAGCUGAGGCACAGUUCAACUUUGUGCUGAAUCAGUCACCAAGUAACAUUCCCGCACUCCUGGGUAAAGCUUGUAUCUCCUUCAACAAAAAAGAUUACCGUGGUGCUCUGGCCUAUUAUAAGAAAGCUCUUCGGACCAAUCCUGGAUGUCCAGCCGAGGUGCGGCUGGGCAUGGGCCAUUGCUUUGUGAAGCUGAGUAAGCUGGAGAAGGCUCGACUAGCAUUUGGACGGGCUCUCGAUCUCAACCCUAAAUGUGUAGGAGCACUUGUGGGUCUUGCAGUCCUGGAACUGAAUAAUAAGGAGGCAGAUUCCAUUAAAAAUGGUGUGCAACUCCUUUCAAGAGCUUAUACAAUCGAUCCCAGCAACCCAAUGGUAUUAAAUCACCUGGCCAAUCACUUCUUCUUCAAAAAGGAUUACAGCAAAGUACAGCAUCUGGCUCUUCAUGCUUUUCAUAAUACUGAGGUGGAGGCUAUGCAAGCUGAGAGUUGCUACCAGUUAGCCAGGUCCUUCCAUGUGCAGGGUGAUUAUGAUCAGGCUUUCCAGUACUAUUACCAAGCUACACAGUUUGCUUCCACUACCUUUGUUCUGCCUUUCUUCGGCCUCGGGCAAAUGUACAUUUAUCGAGGGGACAAGGAGAAUGCUGCACAGUGCUUUGAGAAAGUUCUCAAGGCCUACCCCAAUAAUUAUGAAACUAUGAAGAUUCUAGGUUCACUCUACGCCACCUCAGAGGAGCAGGAGAAGAGGGAAGUUGCAAAGGGUCAUCUGAAGAAAGUGACUGAACAGUACCCAGACGAUGUGGAGGCCUGGAUUGAACUGGCUCAGAUCCUCGAACAGUCAGAUAUUCAGGGUGCCCUUUCAGCCUAUGGUACAGCAACACGUAUCCUUCAGGAGAAAGUGCAGGCUGAUGUCCCUCCUGAGAUCCUCAACAACGUUGGCGCACUUCAUUUCCGACUGGGAAACUUGGGAGAAGCGAAGAAAUACUUCCUGGCUUCACUGGAGCGAGCAAAGGCUGAAGCUGAGCACGAUGAGCAUUAUUACAAUGCCAUCUCAGUCACCACCUCCUACAACCUGGCCAGACUCUACGAGGCCCUCUGUGAAUACCAUGAAGCAGAAAUACUCUACAAGAAUGUUUUAAGGGAGCAUCCAAAUUAUGUAGACUGUUACUUACGCUUGGGCUGCAUGGCAAGAGACAAGGGAAAUUUUUAUGAGGCCUCCGACUGGUUUAAAGAAGCUCUACAAAUUAACCAGGAUCAUCCAGAUGCAUGGUCACUGAUUGGCAACCUCCACUUGGCCAAACAAGAAUGGGGACCAGGGCAGAAAAAAUUUGAGCGUAUCUUAAAGCAGCCAUCCACUCAGAAUGACACCUACUCCAUGCUGGCCUUGGGAAAUGUUUGGCUUCAGACCUUGCAUCAGCCAACUAGAGAUAGAGAGAAGGAGAAACGUCAUCAGGAUCGAGCAUUGGCAAUCUAUAAACAAGUGCUCAGGAAUGAUCCCAAGAAUCUGUAUGCUGCCAAUGGCAUAGGUGCAGUAUUGGCCCACAAGGGCUAUGUGCGUGAGGCUCGAGAUGUAUUUGCACAGGUGAGAGAGGCAACAGCAGAAAUCAGUGAUGUUUGGCUAAACCUGGCACACAUCUACGUGGAACAGAAACAGUAUAUUAGUGCUGUGCAGAUGUAUGAAAACUGCUUGAAGAAGUUUUACAAACACCAGAGUACAGAAGUACUGCUCUUCUUAGCAAGGGCUUACUUCAAGUGUGGCAAACUUCAAGACUGCAAACAGACUUUGCUGAAGGCCAGACAUGCGUCCCCUAAUGAUACGGUGCUCAUGUUUAACAUGGCCCUAGUGUUACAAAGACUAGCUACAUCAGUCUUGCGAGAUGAGAAGAGCAACCUGAAGGCCGUGCUGAAUGCAGUCAAAGAGCUGGAACUUGCCCAUCGUUACUUCAAGUACCUCAGUAAUGCUGGGGAUAAGAUGCGAUUUGACUUGGCUCAAGCAGCGGCAGAGGCUAGGCAGUGCUCUGAUCUGAUGAGCCAAGCGCAGUACCACGUAGCCCGUGCACGGAAACAAGACGAGGAGGAACGGGAGCUGCGGUGCAAGCAAGAGCAGCAGAAGGAGAUGCUGAGGAUGCAGAUCGUCAAAGAACAGGAAGAUAAGAAGCAAAAAGAGCUGAACGAGCAGCGGAAGUUAUUGGAACAGCGGAGCCAGUUUUUGGAGAAAACCAGGAACCUGCUGGUGUUCAACGAGGAUAUGGAGACAAAGGAGAAGAAGAAAGGAGGUGGUGGUGGAGGAAAGCGUGCGAAGAAAGGAGAGUUUGAUGAAUUUGUGAAUGAUGAUUCUGAUGAAGAUUUGCCUCUGCCCAAGAAGAAGAGGAAGCAGAGAGCAAGUGGUAGUGAACCUGAGGGUAGGGACGAGGACGGUGAUCGCAAGCAAAAAAAGAAGAAAAGGAGGCGACCCCAGAAACCUGCUGAAGAUGGCAGUGAUGAUGAGGAACCAGCCUCCCGACCGAAGAAACCACGCCGGCCAAAAACAGUCGAACGCAAAAAGAAAGAGAAGCUCAAACCUGAACGACUCCCGCCUUCCAUGAAAGGUAAAAUCAAGUCGAAGGCCAUCAUUUCAUCCAGUGACGACUCUUCUGAUGAGGGGACACUGAAGAUAGCAGAAGGGAACGCUCGGGACAGCGGCUCAGACGAGGACCAGGCAACUGACACCCGCAGGAAGCGGCUGGUGUCUGACAGCGAGUCGGAGGAUGGGCGAAACCAGGAGAGGUCAGGGAACGAGGGGGGCAGCAGCCCAGGCUCGAGGAGCGGGCGGUCAGCUGCCGGCUCUGACAGCGAACCAUCGGCAAGUGGGCAGGCAGCAUCCGACCAUUCGGGUAGCUCGGGAGAGGAAGAUCAUGGCGAGUCUCGCCCCACCUCACGAGCCUCCAACGACUCCGGCCGGCAGGAUUCUUACGAGGAAGGGUCAGUCCAGGGGUUGCCUGCUGAAUCAGACCAGGAAUCCAAUCAGGGAGAUGGUCGCCAUACGUCCGUGUCACCGUCACAAUCAGACGAUGACAGUGACUGAGUCAGGCUCAUUCUGAAAUGUGGACUCAGUUUCUUCUGGAUGAAUGUUGAAGCUUAGAAAAGAAAUGGUUUACUUUAUAAAAAGCUGUGAAGCCUGCCUUUCUUGACCUUGAGCGAGGACUGUGCUGUAAACUCAGCAAGCUGUUCGUUGCUGUGUUUCGUAUUUAAGAUAACACAGGGCUUAAUAGCAGUUGCCUGCUGUCACUGUCAUAAAAUGCUCGGAGAAUCAGCUGCUACCAGCUAGUUUGUGAAAUAAAGAGCAAAUAUUUUAGAGAUGGGAACUAUAGAGAUGCAAAAAUGUGACCUAUGAUUUUUUUUGGAAAAUUCUUGUAAACGAAGAGAAACUUACACUGUUUGUUUAAUAAAU